AUGCUUCGCCACAAGAACCAAGGAGUAUGUGUCCAACUCGUCUCUAAACCUCUAGACAAUGAAGCGGAUGGACCGGACGCCCAUAAGACACUGCGGUUGUUGAAAGAGUGGACUCCCGUCAUAGUCCGAGGAAAGCUAGUGGAGCGUAAAGGGGCCAAAACCGACACAUUCGCGGGUAUGAACCUGCUCGGUACCCGAGAGAUCGCUGUGGAGCACGUCCAGCCAUUGAACAACAUAUCGGAUGAUAUCAUCAUUAAAGAUGACACUGUAUUUGGCCCAGACCAAAGGCAUCUACAGCUUCGCACAGACUCGAAAUUGCGCGACGGUCUCUUCCAACGGUCGAAAGCCAUGGCUAGAGCAAGACUGCACUUGAACCAUUACAACUGGAAGGAGAUCGAAACGCCUAUACUGUUCAAAUCGACUCCUGAAGGCGCAAGAGAGUUUCUCGUGCCGACACGGCAGAAGGGAUUUGCAUACGCGCUGCCACAAAGUCCACAGCAAUACAAGCAGAUACUCAUGGCAUCGGGCAUCACGAAAUACUACCAAUUUGCUAGGUGUUUCCGAGAUGAGGACCUGAGGGCCGACAGGCAGCCAGAAUUCACCCAGCUGGAUAUGGAGAUGUCUUUCGCUAAUGAGGAAGACGUCAUGCACGAGACAGAAGCUCUACUGAGAGAUCUGUGGUACAAAGUCCUUGGAAUAAAGAAGGAGAGGAAAUUUGCGCGAAUGACCUAUCAGGAGGCAAUGGCUGCAUAUGGAUCUGAUAAACCAGACCUAAGAUUCAAGGCAAAGAUUCACACCAUUACGGAACACCUGACAGCCGAUUUGAUCGGCAAGAUCAGUUCUCUCCAAGAUCCAGCCGUCGAUGCAAUGAAGAUAAGCAUAUCAGAUGACCCUAAAACGACCCGCAAGUUCGUCGCCGACUUUCUUGACAGCCCGGACGGAAAGGUCUUCCUCGACAACCCCGAUGGUCAACCGGGUAUCUUCAUCGGUGACCUUUCUCAGCCCAUGCAAGGCCUCGGACCAUUGGGCUACCAAUACGUGAUGGAGGGCCCUGGAGCGCUGGCGGUGGAAAACGGCGACCUUCUUGUCCUCCAGGCACGGCCCAAUGCGCCCUUCUCGGGCGGCUCAACCAUGCUGGGAAACUUGCGUCUUGCUCUCCACAAAGCAGCCAUGGCAAAGGGACUGAUUGAAGCACCUAAAAGUACCAAGUUCGUCUGGAUCACAGACUUCCCAUUGUUCACCCCGUCGAGCGACAGCGAACCGGGCCAAGGUGGCUCAGCUGGCUUCUCAUCAACGCACCACCCGUUCACCGCUCCGAAGACACCCGAAGACGUCGACCUGCUACUUACUUCGCCUUCAUCUGCGGUAGCAGCGCACUACGACAUUGUGGUCAACGGCGUCGAGCUCGGCGGCGGCAGUCGCCGUAUCCACUCCGCCGCUAUGCAGGAAUUCAUCUUCAAAGACAUUCUCAAGAUGAAGCCCGAACGCGUAGAGGACUUCAGACAUCUGCUUGAUGUGUUGAGGAGCGGCUGCCCGCCGCAUGCGGGUAUCGCACUGGGAUGGGAUCGGUUGAUGGCUGUUAUGUGCGGCAGGGAUAGCGUGAGGGAUGUCAUUGCCUUCCCGAAGAGUGGGAGAGGAGAGGAUCAGCUGGUUAAGAGUCCGAAUCGUAUGACGGAGGAGCAGUUGGAGACGUACCACUUGAGGUUGAGGGAGUAG